AUGGGCCCACAGAAUCUAACAGUACUGACUGAAUUCAUUCUAGUGGGAGUCACAAGGCGCCCUGAGCUGCGUCUCCCCCUAUUUGCAGCCUUCCUUGUCAUCUACUUCAUCACAGUGGUUGGAAACAUGGGCCUGAUCAUCUUGACCAAGGCAGACUCCCACCUACAGACACCUAUGUAUUUUUUUAUCAGACACCUGGCCUUCAUUGAUCUUGGUAAUUCUACUGCUAUUUAUCCCAAGAUGCUAGCAGGUUUUGUUGUGGAUCAAAAUACCAUAUCCUAUUAUGCAUGUGCCACACAAAUGGCUUUUUUCAUUCUGUUCAUUAUCAGUGAGCUCUUCAUCCUAUCAGCCAUGGCCUAUGACCGCUAUGCAGCCAUCUGUAACCCCCUGCUCUACAAUGUUAUCAUGUCCCAGAAACUUUGCUAUGCACUCGUGGGCAUUCCAUAUCUCUACAGCACCUUUCUGUCCCUGAUGGGCACCAGUAAGAUUUUUAUAUCGACCUUCUGUGGCUCUAACAUCAUCAGUCAUUUCUACUGUGAUGAUGCUCUCUUGAUAGCUUUACUCUGCUCAAAUGCGCAAGAAAUAGAAUUGUUGAUCAUAGUAUUUUCAACACUUAAUUUGAUUUCCUCCCUUCUGGUAGUCCUGGUCUCCUACGUGCUGAUUCUGACAGCUAUAUUUCAAAUGAAUUCUGCUGAGGGCAGGAAAAAAGCUUUCUCCACGUGUGGUUCUCAUCUGACAGUGGUGGUCGUGUUCUAUGGAACUCUGUUAUUUAUGUAUCUUCAGCCUAAAUCUGCUCGUUCCUCUGAUACUGACAAAAUGGCGUCCGUGUUUUACACUUUAGUCAUCCCCAUGCUGAACCCUUUCAUUUACAGUUUGAGGAACAAAGAAGUAAAACAUGCCUUUAAUAGGGUCUUCAAGAAACGAUGAAAAUUUUGUAUUUGAUAUUCAAUACGUAAUAUUGUUUUAAUGAAUUUUGAAAAAGGCAAAGGCUGCUUAAUAAUAUUUUUAGUAUAUAUAAUUACUUUCUCUUUAGUUCCAGACUAAAGACAAAUUAUAAAACACAUAUGAAUGGAUUGUUUUCAUUAUGUUCAUCCAAAUAUAUUUCAAUCAUCAUAUUUUAGAUCUCAAAUUAAAUUUUCUUGUUUCUCUUUCAAUGUUUUCUUGUGUUAUUCUGUUGAAGCGCAGACUUCAUCCAAUGGAAAACGUAUUACACUCUACAUCAGUAAUUAUGUGUGUAUAUUGUUGUAAGUGUUUUUAUAAGGAUGGUAGGGGUCUUCUGAAUCUUAUUUUCAUUGCAUUUUCUGUUUUUUGUUUGUUUGCUUUUUUUUAAACUUUGAUUUAAAUGAGAGUUUGUGAAUCAAGUCAGUCUCUCAUACAAAAACUCAUGCAUACCUUGCUAUGUACUUCCAGCUGCUUUCCCCCCAAAUGAGACAGCACACUCCUCCUCUCCGCCCUAUAUUGCCCUUGUCCAUUCAGCCAGCUUCUGUCCCCCUCUGUCUUCUCAUCUAUCCUCCAUACAGGAGAUGCCCACAUAGUCUCAUGUGUUUACUUGAGCCAAGAAGCUCACUCCUCAGCACUAUCAUUUUCUGUCUUAUACUCCAGUCCAAUCCCUGUCUGAAGAGUUGUCUUCAGGAACGGUUCCAGUCAUGUGCUAACAGAGAGUCCUGGGACCCAAGACCUCUGGGGUUCCUCCAG